AUGUCGCUGCCCGAAGGUGUCCUAAAGAACCUCAGGAAGACGGCCGACGAUGGAUGCGCCGACCCCAAAUCCAAUAUUCCAGGAGCCAGUGUUGUUGCAGUUGGCAGAGAUAGCAAAGAGUUGUUUGCGCAUGCUUCCAUGACGCUGGACAAUGUGUUCUGGAUCGCGUCGUACACGAAGAUGAUCGCCGGCCUGGCAUGCAUGCAGCUGAUUGAGAGAUUGAAUCCAGAAUUCAAGGACUUACAGGUCCUGCAGAAAGAUGGGAAUCUUGUGGACAAGAACAAGAAAAUCACCCUGAGGAUGCUGCUUACCCACAUGGUAUCAGCUGGCUUUGGUUAUACGUUCUUCAAUGAAUGGCCCCGGGACUUCUCCCACCCAAUUGGGUCGGCCUUUUUGACCGCGACAGAUGAGUUCUCCAGCCACAUCAAAGACAUCUUGCAGCCGUUGCCGUUGGGAUUCCCGACAGCUGAGAUGAAGAAGCAGCUUGCGUACAUAAACCAACGCAACAAAUAUGGUUCACUUAUCGCUCGCGAUCAUUUACUGCGCAAGCCCUUAGUCGUGAAGCCUUCUGAAGUGAAGGAUGUCUUAAACAGUGGUGGUGCGGGCUGUUUCGCAAAGCCUUCGGACUACGCGUUAGACACGAUGUUCACCAACCAGGUCGAAAAGUUCCCCGACUUCGCUCGUCAAGGCAUACCGGCUGCCAAACCCGAUCUCACAAAUGCUGUUCCCGAGAUGUACCUAGUCGAGGGGAACCCACCUCAAGGUUGGGGCCUGACAUUUAUGUUAUCGAAUGGAGUCGGUGGUAUCGUCUGUACCCAAACACUACCUUUUGCUGACGCCAAAGUGCUCGGCCUGUUGUUCAAUGUUGAAGGGCAGGUGUAUCAGGCUCUUGGUGCCUGA